AUGAGCAGCACCAACAGUACUUUCACCAUCGAAGGAGCGCGGCGCAACCGCAUAUCAGCAAGCACGCGCCUCGGUUACAAGUCCGGGAUACGGCAAGUUGUCCUUUGGGCUCUGACGUCCGGGAAGCCGGAGCUGCUGAUGCCAUCCCCUGAGACGGACGGGCACGACGAGACCUUGGACCUCCGCGUGUUUGGAUUCGAGAACUUUUUAGAGUUCAUCGUCUGGACCGUGCGAGAACGUGAAGUCGGAAUGGGCGCGCUCAGCGGUUAUCGCAGCGCCAUCAAGAGUCUGUACAUCGACCAAGGUGUUCCCUUGCCUGAACCAUACAACAUCGAUAUUAAAGUCAUUUUCUCUGGUAUUCGGAAGACAGUAGCCCAAGACUUACAAAGUGGCAGCAAGGAGUUCACGGGCAAGAAGCCAAUGACGUUUUCGUUGUUUGAGCACCUCUGUUCGAUCAGCAUGGGCCUGCCUGAUUGCAGGUUCACGCAUGUCUACCUCAUAUUGUCAUGGAAUUUGAUGUGUCGAUCAAAAUCAACGGAGACAAUCCGGUAAAUUCAGCUCGGGUUCAUUAUGC